AUGACCGGCGAAUUGCCGAUUUUGCCCAAUCCUCACCAGCAGCAGCGGCUGAUGAGCGAUGUUUCACGCAAUCGGGCGACGGCAAAAAUCGUUCAGGGCGACGAAGCAAAGGAGAAACGGCCCAAAGCGUGCACGCUGUGUCGAAGGAGCAAGGUCAAGUGUGAAAAGGAUAGUAACGACGAAAGCUGCAAAAGAUGCCGUGCACAGAACCUUCAGUGUGUUUACGAGUACAAAAUUGCCAGUUACAAGGUGGUUGGAGAUGCAAGCACAAAGGAGGUGUCCAAAAUUGUCAAAUCUCCUCCGAAACACACUAGUAAGCUUGAUUCCACGCAGUCUCCUCCGGUGUCCCACGCAAACUCCGGCCGGACCGCAUCGCUGUCGCAUAUUUUGAACCCGCCCCAGACAAAACCAGGCGCUGGCUGGCAGUCGUCUGUGGAGGACCGGUUGCAGGAUUUUGGUAGCAAGCUGGGGAACAUCCUGACCAUCCUGCAAACUCCAGAGUCUCCAUCGCGGCCCAUGCUUCUAAAAGCUUCCUCGGAGGGUGCUCCGCGGAACGGGUCUACCGAACCACAGUCAUUGGCCGAUAUUCUUUCGCUCAGCGAGGCAGAGGAGCUAUUCCGGUUCUUCGACUCAAACAUCUCUCCACAACUGUUCGGAUUCAACAUUUCGCAAUACUCUGUCAACGAGCUGUGGAUCCACUCUCCUCUCUUGCUUGCCAGUGUGUGUGCAAUUGCAUCUAUCCACCACCCACUUCUCAGCCAUUUGUUCCGCCAACUCGAACAACUAAUCCAUAAAAUGAGUCAGCAUCUGCUCGUGCGAGUGCCCACCACGGAGCUCGAUACAUUCAACACUGUGCUUGCGCUGUGCUUUUGUGCUCUCUGGUUCCAGGAGAACCAAAUGUUCACGGGAAUGGCUCUCCAGCUGGCCAGCAACUUGAAGCUGAACAAACGGUCCAAGAAUUCUCAGGUUUCCGACAAAAACAAGCUCAAGCUGUGGUAUCUCCUGUACAUUCUCGAUGGCCAGCAAUCCCUGGUAUUUAAUAGACAGCCGUUGAUGAAUUCGCAGGACAGAACACUCAAGCAAAGCCGGCACCUACUUCUUGAAGACGACGCCGAAGAGGCUGAUCCUGAAGAAAACUACUCCAACCUGCGACUGGUAUCUCAGGUGGAAUACAACCAGGCAAUUAGCAAGGUGUUUGAGGGCGAUGCAUGGGAUCUUAUGGCCCCUGCAUCGUUUGGACUACCGUUUAAGACGAACCUCGAGCUUGACAAGUGGAUGGUCCAGUGGACUGUCAUGCUCUCUCCUUUCAACAAUGCCCCCAUCUGGUCAAGCAAAAGCACACUAAUAUACUACAACUUUGCCAAAAUGCACAUCAACUCGGCUGCGGUGAGGUCGUUGCACAUGGAGGGAGACGAGCUUCCGCGCUGGAAGGAGGUUGAUUCCGACCAGAUCGAGAACUUGGAGGAGAGCGGCCAGAACAUCCAGCAGAGAGAAACUAGCGAUGAUGACGACGAGGACCAUUAUGAGCUGGAACUAUCUCCCCGGCAGUCACGCAUGGUAUCGACGGAGAUGGCUCUGUCGUCUGCGGAGACGGUACUCAACCUUGUGCUGGGCGAUACCGAUAUUUUGUCAGCCUUAAAGUAUGCUCCUGUGCAUAUUCACGUGAUGCUGUACUAUGCGGCGAUGCUAGUACUGAACCCACCAGAUUAUUUAUCGAGCAAGGAGAAGAGUUUCGAGGACACGCUCAAUGCUGUUGCCAUCGUCAAGAAGUUGCGGUCAGUGAUUUUGGGCAACUUGCCGAUCGACAAGAGUUUUUCGAGCAAGCUGAUAGAAGCACUGUCUCGACUGCUUCAGGAGAGAGUGAAGAAGUUGAAAGAAGAUAUCACCGACGAGCAGAAACUCGAGUUGGACAAAGUGCUUAUAAACAACGAUACCACCUCAUUUGCAAAAAAGAGAACGCGGCAAAUUAGCGCGUGGCCGGGAUACGACCAUGGCCAUCCGAGCAAAAAAAGGGUGGUUGAAAAACCCGAUCCCUAA